AUGAAGUCCUUCAAGAUGCUGACUGGUCUCACUUUGCUGGCACUGUCUGCGGCGAACGACCUCACCAAGCAUGUCGAUGUCUUCAUGGGAACACAAAGCGGGGGCAAUGAUUUCCCUGGAGCAGCAAGACCAUUUGGUAUGGUCAAGCUGGGCCCUGAUCUUCUUCAGUCUGGUACAGAUUCAUACGCAGGAUAUCUACCCACUGGCAAGUUCUCCGGCUUCAGCUUGAUGCACGAACAGGGUACUGGAGGUGCUCCCAAAUACGGUACUGUCUCGCAACUACCACUGGUGGGAAACAUCACCGAUCCUCUGUCCAACAUCACUGUCGCUAGGUCUGGAACCGACAAGGGCUCUGUUGGAUACUACAAUGCCCAGACAGCAGAUGGCGUUGAGGUUGAGCUGAGUUCUUCUGCCCGGGCAGGAAUCUACCGAUAUACCUUCCCCAGUGACUCGGAGAAGAAUAUCCUGGUAGAUGUCUCGCAUGUGCUGCCAUCUUUCCGUGGCCAAGGGCUUGGGCAGAACUAUGAAGGUGGAAACUUAACUAUCUUUGCAGAUGGCCAUUAUGAAGGUCUCGGAACCUACAACAAUGGAUGGAAUGAGGCUCCCAAUUGGACCAUCUAUUUCUGUGGCUAUUUUGAAUCUGCUGCAACAAACAAUAAAACCUAUCUCGCAACGGGUGCAUCCCCAAGCAUCGAGAAGUCAGGUGGCUCUGUCUCAUCCACUUCGAACUCUACUCGAGUUGGUGCACUAUUCAUCUUCAGUGAGAAAGAAGUAAUUUCUCGUGUUGGAAUUUCGUGGAUCUCCACAGAGCAAGCCUGUGACAAUGUGAACCAAGAGAUUCCGGCGGGCACGAGCUUUGCUACUGUCGUUGACGAGGCUGUCUCUGAAUGGAACGAGAAAGUCCUUUCCAAGAUCACCACAACCAAUACCAAUGAUACCAGCCUGAGUCUGCUAUACACCUCUCUCUACUUCAUGCAUCUCAUCCCCACAAACCAGACGGGUGAGAACCCCGGCUGGGAGUCAGACGAGCCAUAUUAUCAGGACAUCUUCACUUUCUGGGAUCUCUUCCGUUGCUCAACAUCUCUCAUGCAAGUCCUCCAGCCGACUGCCUACGAAGAGCAAAUCCGCUCAUUGAUCGACAUCUGGCGACACGAUGGCUACCUUCCUGACGCACGGUCAUCCAACUACAACGGCCGCACGCAAGGAGGCUCCAACGCCGACAAUAUUCUCGCCGAUGCAUAUGUCAAAGGUGUACGCGGGUCCGUCAACUGGGAAGACGGCUACAAAGCCAUGGUCAAAGACGCCGAAGUCACUCCCCAAAAUAAUCCCGUCGAUCACAUGGCACCAGACUCAUCCAACCACGAGGGUCGUGGUGCAUUGCCCGACUGGCUCAGUCUUGGGUACAUCACGCCCAAGUACAGUCGCGCCGCCAGCCGGGCUGUCGAGUACGCGGCGAAUGACUUUAGUCUGUACCAGGUUGCGUCUGGACUGAAGAAGGACCAGGAUGCGAAGAAGUACCUGAAUCGGUCUCGAAAUUGGCGUAACCAUUGGAAUCCUAAGCAGACGUCGCUUGGAUACUCGGGUUUUGUCGUCCCGCGGAAUACGACUGGUUUCAUUGAGACUGAUCCCUUGAAGGAUAGUGGGUACUGGGGAGAUCCGUACUAUGAAGCGAGUUCGUGGGCAUACUCUUGGGCGGAUGUUCAUGAUAUGCAGCACUUGAUCAAGUUGAUGGGAGGUGCUGAGACGGUAGUCAACCGGUUGAACACCAUGUUCACCGAGGGUGCUAGUGGAUCGAGUGGGAUUAUCUUCGAUUCUACUAACGAGCCAAUGUUCAAAAUUCCAUAUCUAUACAAUUACGUUGGUCGCCAGGACCUAUCUGUCUCCCGGUCCCGCAAAGUCGCCAAAAGUGACUAUUCCACCGGCGUGUCAGGCCUUCCCGGCAACAGCGACGCCGGAGCGAUGCAAACCUGGCUGUUGUGGAAUAUGAUCGGUCUGUAUCCGAUCACAGGACAAACAACAUUCCUCAUUCAUUCGCCGUGGUUCGCGUCCAUGACUAUCGAUCUCGGCAGUAACAAAAAGUUAAAAAUCACAUCAACAGGUGGUGAUGGCAAUGGUGAUAAGGAUUACUACGUGCAGAGCUUGAAAGUCAACGGUAAGCCGUGGAAGAAGAAUUGGUUGACUUGGGAUGACAUCUUCGCCAAGGGAGGCACACUUGAAUUUGAACUGGGAUCUACUGCGAAGAAUUGGACGAUGGGCGAGUUGCCGCCGAGUCCAGCAUCGGAGUAG